AUGCUCAGUGUGCUCCUUCUCAUACCGCCGUCGCUUCCAAAACUGAAAAUUCAGCCAGCAGACUUGGUUCGUUUGGAUGGUCAGCUUCCUCUCAGCGCCAGUGUCAAAAUUAUGGUUGAGUUCGCGCAAAUCCAGGAAGGUGUUCUCGAUAUACUCAACCACACUAGUAAAAAUGACCAAGUCACAGUUAUUAAGACGUGGUUUACUGGAAGACUAUAUGUGCGUAUUGAGAAAUUCGGGGGUACUAUUUAUAAGCAACACUCAUGGGUUCGAAGAUAUCAUGUUGAUCAUAAGGAGCACUGA